AUGAAGCGCGCGAGGCCCGACGGCUCGCAGUCCAGUCCGUCCCAGGACGCUGCCGAGCAUCAGCCGAAGAUUUCGAGAAAGAUUCGAGCGUGCCAGGCAUGCCAGAACCGCAAAAUCAAAUGCAACCUGGAGCCCGGCCAGGACCAGUGCGUGCGCUGCGCGCGCCUGGGGCUCAGCUGCAUCGUCAACAAGAGCCUGCAGACGCUGCUCGACGAUGAAAAUGAGUGGAAAAAGACGAUGGAGGCGCAGAUGCACUCGCUGCAGGCCGCCCUGGCCGAGGUGCAAAAGGUGCUCAACCUGCCGCAGUCGUCAGGCGUGCCCCGCGUCCCGAGCGUAUCUCUGGACGGGAGCAGCUUCUCGCAGAGCCCCGACGUCGCCCGCGGCGCCGCCCCCUCGCAGGGCCCCCCGUCCGGCCCGCGGCCCAUCCGCCCGACGGGCAUGACGAGGGAAAACUCGGUCGAGGCCGAGGCGCCGGACCGGGAGGACCAGGCCAUGGUUAACGCGCCCAUGGCGAGCCUCUUUGAGGUGACGAAGCUGCGCAACAUCCGCAACGAGCCGUGGGCGCGCGGCCGACGCCCGUCGAGUCGCUCCCUGCAGCACGACUUUAUCGCCCAGGGCCGCUUCAGCGAGGAAGAGGCCGAGAAGUUGUUUGUCAAGUUUGGCGAGACGCUCAACGCUUACCUCUGGGGCGGCAUCGCGCUGGUCCACGAUACCCUGGCCUCGGCACGCGAGUCAUCGAGCCUGCUGACGGCCGCCAUCCUCGCCGUGACGGCGUUGCACGCCCAGGACGAGGGUCGCGCCUUUGACGUGUGCUACCCCAUCUUCCUGGACCUCGUCAGCCAGGCAAUGUUCGACCGCUACCACACGCUCGACGACGUGCGUGGCCUCGCCAUCGGCGCCUUUUGGCUGUCCGACCUGAGCUGGAAGCUGUCGGGGCUCGCCGUGCGAAUAGCCACGGAGCUCAACUUGCACCAGUUCUCGGCCAAGGCGCUGCGGGACGCGCCCCAGUACAUUGAAGAGGCGCGGCUGUGGUACCUGCUAUACGUCUGCGACCACCACUUUAGCGUCGCGUACGGGCGGCCCUCGGUGUUUACGGAGAAUUCCACCAUCACCUGCCACGAGACGUUCCUCCAGCUGCCGGGCAUCACCGAGUCCGACUUUCGGCUGCACAGCCAGGUGGGCGUGUUCAAGAUCUUGAGCCGCAUAUACCACGCGUUCGGCCCGGACAGGUCGCGCAUGAUUGCGAGCGACGAGUUUGAGAUUCUGCGGCGCUUCGACGUAGACCUGGGGCACUGGCGCAACCAUUGGGAGCCGCGAUUGCGACCCAACAAGUACAUCUCAGAGUACCCAGCCAAGGGGGUCAUUCUUCACUACCACUUUGCCCGGCUGCAGCUCUUUUCCAUCUGCCUGCGCGGCCUCCGGCCCGACGAGCAGUACAGCAUGUCGCCCGAGCGGCGGUACUUUGUAAACCUCGCGAUAUCCAGCGCGUCGGCGGCCCUGGAGCUGGUGCUGCACGACCCCGACAUGCGCAGGGCCGUCAUCGGCGUGCCCCUGUACCUGCUCACCACCAUUGCGUACGCCUGUCUCUUCCUGAUGAAGGCGCAGUCCCAGUGGCGAUCCGCGAGCCUGAACAUCCGCUACGAAGACGUGGUGUCUCUGAUUGAGGGUAUCGUGGCCCUGCUCGAAGAGACGCGACCCUGCGUCCGCCACGUGGCGCACUUUCUAGGCCGCGGGCUCGACGGCAUGCUCCAAAAGUUUAAAGAGCGCAACGCCGCCAGCACCAUCAAGUCACUGUCCCAGGCAGGGCAGCCGACGCCACAGAACUGGGCCGGGGAGCCGAUGAUGCCGGACUGGAACAGCUGGAUGUUUGGCACGGGGAUGCCCAACCAGUUUGGCUUGGAAUCGGACAACUACGGGCUCAACUUUCUCGACGCGCUCAAUUCGCAGAUGCCAGGUUGA